AUGCAUAUGCUUACUCCUCAUGAUACUUCAGAUGAUCCGGAUGCUGACAUCGAGUCUUUGUAUUCCAUCGACGACGAAUUCUCAGCAGAUCUUCUGUUUCCUGACUCAGACUCUGAGUCAGACCCAUAUACUGAGUCCAACGGAUUAGAACUCGUCUACCCUCUCUAUUCACCACCUCCACCCCUGUACCCUUCAUCCCCAAAGCUUACCCUUCCAUUAGCCCCACUCUUAAUUUACCCCACUACAUGGGACCCCCCAGUCAAAGUUAUUGGAUAUUUUGACACAGGUGCCACUAUGACCAUACUUGCUCCCUAUAUUUUACCCUCCUGCUAUUGGAAGCCCUAUAAGCAGUAUUUUAUUGCAGCAGAUGGAAAAACCUUUUUCGUCGAUUUGAUUUCCAAGGAUCCAGUGAAGUUCAAGAUUUUCCCCUUGUUAACAGUCAGCCAUAGAGUUUUAGGAUCCUCCUUACCCGACCGUGAUGCCCUUAUUGGUUUUGAUCUCUUAACCAAAUUCCCAGGCCUUCAAUGGAGUUCCCAUGGUCUCACCUAUAAGAAGCAAACCUUACCAUGGAUUACUACUCCUACCCUUCUCUCCCACACUUCUCUACUAGAUGACAUCAGGCAAAAGCUAAUCUCUGAGUGCUGUGCAGAUUCCCAUACAGGUUUUCUUACAAAAUGUGAUCAUCCUCUUUGGAAAAACUCAAAGUUCUUCAUCAGAUUACCCUUCAAGAAAAAUGAAGAUGCCAAUCCUACUAAGGCUAGCCAUUCUGGCAUGAAUCCAGCCCACUUAGCCUUAGCCCAAGAAGAAGUUUCACUUCUACAGGACCAAGGUCUUCUUGAAUCUACCUCAUCUACAUGGGCAUGCGAAGCUUUUUAUGUCAACAAGCGCGCAGAACAGAUAUGCGGCAAGCUCCGAUUGGUCAUUAACUAUCAGCCCCUCAAUGUUUUUCUAGUAGAUGACAAGUUCCCUUUGCCUACUCGACUAGCUUUAAUGCUCCAACUUUCAGAUGCAACCAUCUUCAGCAAAUUUGAUCUCAAAGUAGGUUUUUGGCAACUUGGAAUCCAUCCAGAUGAUAGGCACAAGACAGGUUUUUGCAUCCCUAGUUCUCAUUUUCAAUGGACCAUUAUGCCCUUCGGUCUCAAGGUCGCACCUUCUCUGUUCCAAAAGGCUAUGAUGAGUAUUUAUGCUCCCAUCCAGCGACAAGCUCUCAUCUACAUUGAUGACAUUCUAUUGUUCUCAAAGAAUGUUGCUGAUCAUCAAAAGUUACUAUCCUAG